GUGUUUAGCACAACAUACGACGCCGUGGAAGAAGCCACAAGCGGCGCGAGGAUCAGCCAGAAGAAUAUGGAGGCGGUGUGGGACGUGUGCUACAGAAAAAAGAUGGCAGAGCAGUACAAGGCGACGAAGGGCCGCUUCCCGACGUCGACCGUGCUGAAUGGCCACAGGUUCCUGCUGUGCCGCAGCUUCCGCAUCGGCUUCGCCCACCACCAGAGGAUGAAGGCUCGCGACUGCAAUGCUGAGCUGAAGGUCGAGGACGACGAGGAGGUCGAAGACGUGAGCGACAUCGCGCUGAUGCACUACCUACACGAGUCGUUGGAGAUCCCCGUGGAGGCAGAGGAAGUCGACCGACGUCGCUCGCCUGGCGCAGCGAGCUCGGGUUUGAUCAGCGCGCCGUUCUGGGACAGCCUCACAGGUCGCGCUCAGCGGGGGAGGAAGAAGCACAAGAAAAGCUGCAAGAAAGAGAAGCGAGCCAAUAAGGAGCUGAGGGCGAAGGCUGGCGGCACCGAGGACAGCGCCCGCAAGGGCACCCACGGCGUCGAGGCGCUGGUUGACUCGAUCCCGCCUUCUCUGGCGGGGCCGUCGACGCACAAGAAGGUGGUAGCCGCGAAAACGAAAGCCAAGAAAGCGACCGCCAAGGUGCCUGGCCACUCCGCUCUGGCCGCGGCGAAGAAAGCCCAGGACGACAAGACAAAGCAGGCCGCUGUGACUAAGAAGCCAGCUGGGACGCUCAAGAGGCCUGCGGCGGCACCCAAGGCCGAGGAAGCAGCCGAGCCCGAGGCCGAGGAGGCCGCGGAGGCGGCUGGUGGCCCUGAGCCCGAGGCCGAGGAGCGAGAGGAAGGCGAGGAGCAAGGCGAGGAGGAGACACCGCCCGAAGUCGACGCGGAGGUCGACCCAGACGCCGACGAGCACCAGGCCGAGGACGAUACUCCAUUGGCAGACGCGCUGGUGCUGACGCCACCAGAUGACGGCGUGUACGGAGCCGAUCUGCAUAAGGAGACCGUCGUGGACAACGAGGUCGAAUACGAGGUCGUGGUCAAAUACCGCAAGUCGGAGGGGUUCAUGACGCUGGGGUACAGGGUCAAGGGCAUCGUUGGCAAGAACGAGUACAAGCAGCUCAUCCAGGUCGAUGACAAGACGUGGAGCGAGGAGCUCAUGAAAGAGCACGCCUGCGACACGAGGGAGGCCAUGAGCCGCAAGGUCAUCGGCCGCAUCUUCUACCACAUCAUUGAGCACGGCACGGUCGACAAAGAGCAGGCGAAGAUCAUCAGGUUCAACGUCAUUAAGCAGCUCUGA